CGCCAAGCACUUACCGUUCUGCAUUUAGGAGUUACUUUCUCUUCUUCUGAGAACAAAAUCUCGGAGACUGUUCUGGGAACUGGGAUUGCUAAAAUAAAGUGUGUCAACUGUAGGAACUUGAUGUUUACUGAUGAUCAAGUGCUGAAUCCUGUCUCCUUGAACGUGUUCUUUCUGGGGAAAUAAUUUGGGUGCAUAUCAAGAUGCUCUGAAGAACAACAACAACCCUGUGGGGGGUAGCCGCUUCGACAUCAUGACCAAGGACAGAGAAACCAUUGUCAGAAACUUUCGUUUGGUUUACAUCAUAACCUUAAUAGUUGGAACCUUAAUCCAGUUCUCUGAUGAAAGUGAAUUUGCAGUAAACAAGUCCAACAAAGGCCUUACCCAUGUUCCAAAAGACCUGCCCCUCAAAACCAAAGUUUUAGAUAUGUCUCAAAACUAUAUAUCUGAGCUUCACCUCUCUGACAUCAGCUUUCUCUCAGGGCUGAAAGUUCUGAGGCUUUCCCAUAAUAGACUCCAAUGCUUUGAUAUUAGCAUUUUCAAGUUCAACCAGGAUUUGGAAUACUUGGAUCUCUCGCACAAUCAGUUGCAGAAGAUAUCCUGCUACCCUAUCACCAGUCUCAAGCAUUUAGACCUCUCAUUCAAUGACUUUGAUGCUCUGCCCAUCUGUAAGGAAUUUGGUAACUUGACUCAACUGAAUUUCUUGGGAUUAAGUGCUAAAAAGUUACAACCAUUGGAUCUGCUACCAAUUGCUCACUUGCAUCUAAAUUGUAUCCUUCUGGAUUUGGGAGGUUAUUACAUGAAAGAACAUGAGGCAGAAAGUCUUCAAAUUCUGAGUACAAAAACACUUCACCUUGUUUUUCACCCAAACAAUUUCUUCUCUGUCCAAGCAAACAUAUCAGUUAACAGUUUGGGGUACUUACAACUGAGUAAUGUUAAGUUGAAUGAAGAGAACUGUCAAGAUUUCAUUAAAUUUUUAUCACAACUAACUAGAGGUCCAAACUUAUUGAAUUUUACCCUCAACCAUAUAGAAACAACUUGGAAAUGUUUGGUUAGAAUUUUUCAAUUCCUUUGGCCCAGACCUGUAGAAUACUUCAAAAUUUACAAUUUAACAAUUGUUGAAAGCAUUGAUAAAGAAGAUUUUACUUACUCUGAAACAUCUUUGAAAGCACUGACAAUCGAACAUGUUACAAGCAGAGUUUAUAUUUUUUCACAGACAGCGUUAUACACAGUGUUUUCUGAGAUGAACAUUUUGAUGUUAACCAUAUCAGAUACACAUUUUAUACACAUGCUUUGUCCUGAAGCAACGAGCACAUUUAAGUUUUUGAACUUUACUCAGAAUGUUUUCACUGAUAGUAUUUUUCAAAAGUGCUCCACUUUAGUUAGAUUGGAGACACUGAUCUUACAAAGGAAUGAAUUAAAAGACCUUUUCAAGGUAGGUCUCAUGACUAAGAAUAUGCCCUCUUUGGAAACCCUGGAUGUGAGUUGGAAUUCUUUGGGAUAUGACAGGCAUGAUGGGAAUUGCACUUGGGUUGGGAGUAUAGUAGUGUUAAAUUUGUCUUCAAAUAUACUUACUGACUCUGUUUUCAGUUGUUUACCUCCCAGGGUUAGGGUUCUUGACCUUCACGAUAACAGAAUAACCAGGAUCCCUGAAGAUGUCACCAGUCUGGAAGCUUUGCAGGAACUCAACGUUGCUUUCAAUUCCUUACUCCACCUGCCUGGGUGUGGUACCUUUAGCAGCCUCUCUGUACUGAUCAUUGACUAUAAUUCAAUUUCCAAUCCAUCAGCUCAUUUCUUCCAGAGCUGCCAGAAGAUCAGGUCCAUAAAGGCAGGGAACAAUCCAUUCCAAUGUACGUGUGGGCUAAGAGAAUUUAUCCAAAGCAUAGGCCAAGUAUCAAGUGAAGUGGUAGAGGGUUGGCCUGACUCUUACAAAUGUGACUAUCCAGGAAGCUAUAAGGGGACCCUACUAAAGGAUUUUCGCGUAUCUCCAUUGUCCUGCAACACAGCUCUGCUGAUUGUCACUAUAGGGGUCACUGGCCUUGUGUUGGCUGCUACUCUGACUGUCCUCUGUAUCUAUUUUGAUCUUCCCUGGUAUCUCAGGAUGAUGUGUCAGUGGACCCAGACCCGGCGCAGGGCUAGGAACAUACCUUUAGACAAACUCCAAAGAGCUUUCCAGUUCCAUGCCUUUAUUUCAUACAGUGAACAUGAUUCUGCCUGGGUAAAGAAUGAACUGGUACCUUGCCUAGAAAAAGAAGAUAUACGGAUUUGUCUCCAUGAGAGAAACUUUGUUCCUGGCAAGAGCAUUGUGGAAAAUAUCAUAAACUGUAUCGAGAAAAGCUACAAGUCCAUCUUCGUUUUGUCUCCCAACUUUGUUCAGAGCGAGUGGUGCCAUUAUGAGCUCUACUUUGCCCACCACAAUCUCUUUCAUGAAGGGUCUAAUAACUUAAUCCUGGUCUUGCUGGAACCCAUUCCGCAGAACAACAUUCCUAGCAAGUAUCACAAGCUGAAGUCUCUCAUGGCGCAGAGGACUUACUUGGAAUGGCCCAAGGAGAAGAGCAAACGUGGACUUUUUUGGGCUAACAUUAGAGCUGCUUUUAAUGUGAAAUUAAUACUAGACACUGAAAACAAUGAUGUGGAAACGUAAAAAAAAAAAAAAAAAAAAAAAAUCAAACAAAGAACAGAAAAGCCAGGAAAUCCAACUUAAGAAACUAUCAUAUCCAUGGAGUCUAAUGAACAUCAUGGUGUUAAGUCAUUGACUGAAUGGUGCCCACAUUAUCUGUGUGUGUUCAAAACAGACACAGAAUGACGGCCAUGUUUCACUGAGUUGGGGAUGCAGGCAGGGCUGAGGUGGUGCUCACACCUGCCACCUACAGAUAGCUCAGUCUCUUCUGGUGUAACCAUUGUGCUUCAAAUCCAAACAGCCCCAUUUGAGUCAACGCUCAGUCACUCAAAGACUUUUCCUCUCCCUUCACCUUUCCCAGAUGGAUUCUGUGUGAACAGGAGUUUAUGGGACUUCAUGGCUGUAAGGAAAGAGCCAACCUCACAACUGUAUGUGGUGCUCCUUCGAGUGUCCUGUGCAUCCUCAUUGGCCUCUGGGUGAGCUUUAUUAUCUGGUUCAACUUUAGGGCUUGGGGAAAAAUUAGACCAGUCGUGGAAAAUAAAGACACAUUUUUUUCUUCACAUGUGAAUGAUCAUUAAAUUUUUGAUCUGGCUACACAAAUAUGCAGUAGUUUGCAUAUAUGAAAGGAUAUAUAAACUUAGUCAUAGGCUGUUGAGGCCAAAGACAUGGAUUUACCUGCUUGCCAAUCACUGCCCCACCCCCACAACCCACACGCACACAACAAACUCAGACCCAAAUUUAUUUGCAGCUGGUUAUUGUAUAGGACAUUUUGGUGCAUCAGAAUUUUGCAG